AUUUGAACGGAACUUGCAAUCUGUAACUUGCAGGUUCGUUCGUUGAGGUUAUAAGUUAGAACUUAGAAUACAACACUCUCUCUCUCUCUAGAAUCACGAUCAUGAAGUACACAAACAUCAACACCAAUUUUUGCGCUGCGUUGCUUUUUGUUCUCAUAUUCCAUUAGCAUCACUCUCUCAAUUCCACUUUGCUUUCCCUUCUCCCACGCUUUCCAACCGACACCAAAUGGCCGCCGCUUUUCUCUUCGCCGCCGCGCUUCUGGCGGCGGUCUCCGCCUCCCCGGUGACCCUCACGCUGGAAAGAGCUUUCCCUUCGGAUCACGGGGUGGAGCUGAGUCAGCUCAGAGCGUGGGACAGCCUCAGACAUCGUAGAAUGUUGCAGUCUACUAACUACGUUGUCAAUUUCCCUGUCAAAGGCACCUUCGAUCCCUCACAAGUCGGGCUUUACUUUACAAAGGUGAAAUUGGGUACUCCUCCAAGGGAAUUUUAUGUGCAGAUUGACACUGGCAGUGAUGUUCUCUGGGUUAGUUGUGGGUCCUGCAAUGGUUGUCCCCAGACAAGUGGCCUCCCAAUUCAGCUCAAUUACUUUGACCCUGGGAGUUCAUCAACAUCUUCAUUGAUAUCUUGUUCGGACCGAAGGUGUAGGAAUGGAGUACAGUCCUCAGAUGCAAGCUGUUCUGGUCAGAGCAACCAGUGCACUUACACAUUCCAGUAUGGAGAUGGUAGUGGGACAUCAGGUUAUUAUGUGUCGGACUUGAUGCACUUUGCCAGUAUCUUUGAGGGAUCCUUGACAACAAAUUCUUCGGCAUCCGUAGUUUUUGGUUGUAGCAACCAGCAAACUGGGGACUUAACAAAGUCUGAUAGAGCGGUUGACGGGAUAUUUGGAUUUGGGCAACAAGGGUUGUCUGUCAUCUCCCAGCUCUCAUCGCAAGGAAUAGCGCCAAGAGUGUUCUCACAUUGCCUGAAAGGAGAUAAUAGUGGGGGUGGCGUAUUGGUUCUUGGUGAGAUUGUGGAGCCAAACAUAGUUUUUAGUCCACUUGUUCCAUCACAGCCCCAUUACAAUUUAAAUCUUCAGAGCAUCUCUGUUAAUGGCCAAAUUCUACCAAUUGAUCCUGCAGUUUUUGCUACAUCAAACAACAGAGGUACCAUUGUUGAUUCCGGAACAACUUUGGCAUACCUUGCAGAAGAGGCUUACAAUCCCUUUGUCAAUGCGAUUACAGCUGCUAUUCCACAAUCUGUACGCAGUGUUCUUUCCAGGGGAAAUCAGUGUUACUUAAUAACCACCUCCAGUAAUGUUGACAUUUUCCCGCAAGUAAGUCUGAACUUUGCUGGUGGUGCAUCUCUGGUUUUAAGACCACAGGACUACCUUAUGCCGCAGAAUUAUAUUGGCGAGGGAUCAGUUUGGUGUAUUGGCUUUCAGAAAAUCCCGGGUCAAAGUGUAACUAUUCUAGGAGACCUCGUACUAAAAGACAAAAUAUUUGUCUAUGAUCUUGCUGGUCAGCGCAUUGGAUGGGCUAAUUAUGACUGUUCAUUGCCGGUUAAUGUGUCUGCAUCAGCCGGUAGGGGAAGAAGUGAAUUUGUGGAUGCAGGAGAGAUAAAUGGCAGCACUUGUUCACGUGAUGGACCUCACAUGUUGAUAAAGACACUGUUCCUUGCUCUCUUCAUGCACAUAACACUAUUCUUGUAACAUAUAUGUCGAAUUGUAACACAUUUUCUGUUUUUUCCUAUGUAUAUUCUCUUGCCGGCAUAUAAUUGGUGCAAUCGGCAAGACCACACAUUAUUACUUUGAUUAUCGCUUCUUUUUGUUUUUGGUUUUUUUUCUUCUGCACAAUAGGGUUGUCUGUUUUAGCUUCAGGUGCUUAUUUACCACUUUUUUGGUUAGCCAUGUCUCUCAGGGUUUUGUUUUUGGUAGCAUUGUAAAUUAACAUGAUUAUUGAUUGAAUCGCAAAUACAAGUUAUACUUAUGCCAGCUUCUUUCAA